AUGGCACCAAAGCUUUGGAUAUAUCUAAGACAAUCGAAAUGUCAACAUUCAUUAUCAUUAAGUGUGCCAGCAGCUGCAGCUGCUCCAAUAUCGUAUGAUCGGUCACCAAUUCCAGGACAGAUGCCUCCUGCAAUGCCACCGGGUAUGGCACCUAGACAGUCGUUGGAAUUUGAAGAGAAGGAAGAAAUUGACAUUGGAGGAUUGAUUAUUCAAAGAAUAAAUUUCAAUUUUAAAGGAGAUAUCACUAAAUAUUUAGAGCAAAAUACAUUAUUUUUAAUCAAACAGUCGUCGGAUAAUCGACGAAAUUGGCGAUAG